AUGGGGAUAGGUCUCUCUGCACAAGGAGUCAAUAUGAAUAGAUUACCGGGGUGGGAUAAGCAUUCCUAUGGUUACCAUGGAGAUGACGGUCAUUCGUUCUGUUCCUCUGGCACCGGUCAGCCGUACGGUCCGACAUUUACAACAGGAGAUGUGAUAGGCUGUUGUGUCAACCUCAUCGACAACUCCUGUUUCUACACAAAAAACGGAAUCAAUCUAGGUGUUGCAUUCACAGAUUUACCGUCAAAUCUCUACCCCACUGUGGGCCUCCAGACUCCAGGGGAAGUGGUGGAGGCCAACUUUGGACAGACCCCCUUUGUAUUUGACAUAGAAGACUACAUGAAGGAGUGGCACAUGAAGACCAAACUGACUAUAGAGAGGUUCCCUGUUAAUGACAAAAAGGGGGAAUGGCAGACAGCCUUACAACAGAUUGUAUCUACAUAUCUUGUACACCAUGGUUACUGUGGUACAGCUGAGGCAUUCUCACGAUCAACAGGACAGUCCAUAGAAGAGGACAUGUCAUCCAUCAAAAACAGACAAAGAAUACAGAAGUUGGUACUAGCAGGUCGUAUGGGUGAAGCAAUAGAGACCACACAACAGUUGUAUCCAGGUUUAUUGGAGAGGAACCUCAAUCUAUUGUUUAUGCUCAAAUGUAGACAGUUCAUUGAGAUGGUGAACGGAACAGACACUGAGGUGAGGGGCCCAGCAAUACGCAGCCCCAAAUCACGACACGGGAGUGGAUCUAACCGUUCCAGUCCCAACAUGAGCCCUGUCCACCACACAAAUUCAUAUUCACAGAAAAACACUCCAGUAGGAUCCCGUGGCAAUAGUCCUAACCGACCUAUAGGUGUCAAGGGUCAUAGUUCAGGUUCAUCUUCACAAACAAGUCAAAACUUACAGGUGUCACAAAGUAACAAUCAGAACAUGGGUGAUUUAAAGACAAUAUCCGAGGAACAAAUGAAUCGGGCGAAUAUAUCAAUGAAUGGAUCAGAGUGUCACAUGAUUGAGGACGAUGAUGUGGAAAUGAUGGACGGACUCGUUCCAGAGACUAAAACAUUCACAAAUGGAAACUCAGACGGAGCUUACAUGAACGGAAAUAAUCACACAUGCAAAUCAGAGGAGAUGGAUGUGGAUGCCCCCUCAGGUAAACGGCAGUUGUGUGGAGGAUCUCAGGCAGCCAUUGAGAAGAUGCUGUUGUUUGGGAGAGAACUGCAGUCCAUGAACCAGAGGCUAAAACGGGAGUACGGGAAGAGUGAGAGCAACAACAAAUCACUACAGAAUGCCUUUAGUUUGUUGGCGUACUCUGAUCCAUGGAACAGUCCGGUAGGAUACCAGCUAGACCCGGUGCAACGAGAAUCAAUCUGUGCUGCCUUAAACAGUGCUAUAUUAGGUACUGUAAUUGUAAAUCCUGAUGAUACUAGUAGAUGAAGAAAAAAAAUAAAUGCUUCUAAAGUUCUUAAUU